UUCGUUUCAGAACACCCGGGUCGGUUUGUAUUACACGGGUCUAUCUCUGUGUGCUGUUGGCGCAGCCUGUGUUAAUUCUGUGAUUACUCCCUAUGGAGCGGACCAGAUUGACACGAAAUCUGCACAAAGAUCUUUCUUUCACUGGUCUUACUUCGUCAUUAACGUUGGUGCUUUAACGGCCAUAACAGGGAUAAAUUACAUAGAGAAUGUUGACGGUUACUGGUUGGGUUUCAUGUUUGCCCCGCUGUCUCUUACCAUAGCGCUAAUUGCCUUCCACCUCACCAAAAAAUGGUGCACGGAAAGAGACAAUCCAAGUUACUGGUUACUCGUGGCGGCACGACAGGUAUUAGAACGAUUCAAAAGCGGUAAAUGUAACAGUGGAAGCCAUGCUACGUUAUCAACACGGCGCAACUUUGCGGUGGAGGCGGAAGACAAGAAAAUGUUCACCAGAGUUGUUAUAAAUAUUGCAACAUUGUUAGGGUUUAGUGUUAUUAUGUCAUCGUUCCAGAGCACCUACCAAAUCCAAGGUCAGCGCUUAAAUGCAACGUUUAUCGGCACUGGGAAAAUAACAGCGUCUUCCAUAGGGUCAUUCGAUGUGUUGAUCAUUAUUAUAAUAAUUCCAAUUCUGGAUAUUCUUGUAUGGCCGUUCUUGAUGUCGAAGGGAAUUAAGAUAUCACACCUUUAUAGGAUCGGAUUUGGCACACUCUGUGGCAUACUGUCUGCAUUUGCGGCGAUCCUGGUGGAAGCCACCCGAAGUUCCUCCCAGCUCAGUAUUUUGGUUCAGACCCCGCAGUAUAUUCUAAUGGGUCUUGGAGAAGUGUUUGUGUAUAUUCCAGGUUAUGAAAUUGCGUAUAUAGAAUCUCCCAGUUUCACCAAGUCUACAUCCAUAAGCCUGGUUUUCAUAAAUAUGGGAAUCGGCUAUUACUUAUCCACGAUGAUUAUUAAUUUUGGAAAAGAAGAUUGGCUGGCGCCGCACAAAAACCCACAGCUAGUAUACUUAUUCGCCAUAUUGAUGAGUGUGGGGAUAGCGUUUUUUAUCCUAUACCUGAUUGUGACGUGUACUCGGAAAUAUUACCACGUAUUUCAUCAGGGAACUAACCUAUCCGGUUGUGUGAAUCCCGAUGAUAGUGUGUCGUCGAACCAUUGACUCCUUCAUCUUUGACUUUUUUUAAUGAACGUAUGUAUUGGAAUGACUCGUAACACACGAAGAAUGGGUGUCAUCCGAAAUGGGUGUCUCUCGACUUGGCGGAAAAUCAAACAAUGUUAUUGCCGGGUUUGGAGUGAGUGUGAUAGAAAAUAACGACAGGCCAGUGAGUGCAGAGUCGCAACGAAAAAAAGCUGACAUGUCCACGGAUAUUUUUUCCCUUUGAAGUAGAAAAUGCAUAUAAUUUAGGUAGAUAUUUCAGUUGGACGAUCUUCUCUAACGGCUGUCUAGGGUUCAAAAAACAACAAGUGUCUAUUCUGAUGGAGUAGAGGGUAUAGGUAAAUACGUGAAGGUUAAAUAAACGGUUUUGCUCCAAGUGAAUAUUGUGUACUCGUUGCGUUGGCUGUGACAGCUUAAGGCUGUAGUAACUGGGUUUCCUUGGAAGACAAUCUAAAUGAUAGGCUCUGUGUGGCCUCUGAUAAAUAUACCUGACUUCGAUGGUAUGGAGGGUUCCAAUGAAGCUUAUUCCAACGUUCGCUGGAGUUUUUUCUUGGCUAUAUAGGGAGGUAAUAAAAGUGUAGUCAUCAAGUAAUUCUUAGUGGCGGCUGAGUAGAUGUGAGGGCGAAUUGCCCUGUGUUCCUGCAGCAAUCACAAAACCGCUUGGAAACGUUUUCAUAGCCAAACAGUAAGAAUAGUAGUAUAAUUAUAUUAUACUAAGUGUUGGUUAAAUAUUCUUAAUGGCACUAAAUGUCUUAAUAGUUUAAAGACAUUGAG